AUGCCCAUGUGCAUCUCACCAGGGAAAUAUUUGGUGAUAGAUGAAUCAAUGAAUCAAUGGCUUGGUAUAGGUAUGCCAAAUAUAAAGAAGGUCCCUGGAAAGCCUCAUCCUAUUGGCCAAGAAUUCAAAACGCUGGCUGAUUGCCAUACGAGCUGCAUCCUCAGAAUGGACACAGUCAGCGACCCAGUAUCCAAGGAGUUUGACGAUGAGCCUGGCAUGAAGAAGUUGACCGCCACCGUUAAUAAGCGUUCGGUGCAGCCCUGGUCUGGUAGUGGAAGAACGGUAAUUGCUGACUCUUGGUUUGGGUCUUCAGAUAUGGUCAAAAUGCUUUCAAACUUGGCUUGUUCUCUAUCAUGCAAGUGUGCCAGCGCUGCUACUGGCCUCGUGGAAUGCCUCAAACAGACAUUGUGGAAAAGGUUGAAGAAGCCUAUGGUAGCUGCUACACCAUGA